UUCAAAUUCAACUCCAACGAGUGUUGAAUAGCAUGGAGCAGAGCGGAUGUGAAGAAAGAGGGAGAAAAGUUUCUGAUUUGAAGUGUGAAAAGAUUGUCCUUUCGGUUGAUGAAUCAACUCAAAAACCAGAAACUAUUGAAACCCGGAAAAGUUUGGAAGCUAGCAUGUUUGCAUCUCAAACACCUGCCAAGACGAAUGAGCCUUUGCAUGCUAAAUUCAGAGGAGAACUUGAAAUUUUAGAAAGGCACAAGACAAUUGUAGAACUCUUUGAUAGUAUGAAUUGUUCAUUGAGGUUGCUGGUUAUGAGAAAAAAGUCACCUACUUUUCAAAAUAUAUCUGCCCAAGUUGAAGUCUUGACUCAAAGGAAGUUCUCUUACGGACAUCUUGCACGGAUAAAAUAUUUACUUCCUGAAGCUAUACAGAUGGAUAAGAUUCUUGUGCAUGACAAGAAAUCCCUGUGCAUGAAGUCAGAUAUGAAAAUCGGAGUGCUGUUUGAUGUUGUAGAAGGCCACGAUGAGGAAUCUGAUUUUAUUGCUCUGCGCCAAGUUUUCGCUUCCAGGCUUGUUGAUUACUUUAUAAAGCAUCCUGAGGCCUGUGAUAUCCCACAGGCUAUAUUACCAGGUCCAUUUAACCAAAGUAAGGAGGCUGCUUUUGAGGACAAGGCUGGUGACCAUUCAAUGGCUGUCUUUUGUGAGCCCUUUAAUGAAAUAAGUGAGACCAUUGCUCCAGAACCAAUGAUCACAGAUCAAUCAAGAGAAUAUCUGCCAGCUGCCAUUGAAAGUCAGAUGUUGUCUACUCCAUCCCAUCCAGCUGCCAUUGAAAGUCAGAUGUUGUCUACUCCAUCCCAUCUACGCCCAUCUUUCAAUAGGCACUUCUCACAGAAGACUUUUUCUGAAGAGGAGAAGGUGCAACUGUUAGCAUCUCCUGUUCCUUCAUCAGUUUCACCAUCUGGCGAUCUGCAUAAUGAGCAUCUCAAUGAAGCAAGAACUGCAGAAUUUCCUGAGUUUUGUUCUAAAUUUAAUUUUAGGACUAACCUGGACAUCGAAAGCGAACGAGCAAGACAAUUGUGCAUCCCAUAUUCCAAAUUUACUUCUUUCAAUCCUCUGCCUAGCCAACCAAUCAAUCCUGAAGUCUCUGCUGAUGUGUAUACUUCUACCAGCCCCAAGUGUAAACCUGACUCAUCUGUUGAUAAAUUACUGUUAGAAACGCCUGCACAGUCAACUCCAAGGAGAGCAAUGCAUAGCUCUGAUGACCAGCACAUGGACACUACUGGCCAAAAGCAGACAUUAUCUUGUAAGCCUGCAAAAAGGGUGUUAGAUUUCUCAUACAUGGAAGCCGAUAAAGGUGCAUCAGAAUACUAUGAAUUCUUACAUGAUAGUAGCACUCAACCUCUUGCUGGCUCUUCUUCACUACUUGAAAAGGUGGAGGGAAGCCUUGCUCACUCAUCUGUAGAUCAGAAAACCUGUCAAUCUGAUACAGUGCACCAGCAGAUGUCUAUUCAGUUGCCUGACCUAGUUUCUCUGGUUCAUCACAUAUUCCAGUCAGUUAACUUCUCCCCAAUUACAAAGGAGGAACUUGUGCACAAGAUAAUUCUAGAUAGUUUAGAUAUUGUUGACAGAAGGGAGGUUGAAGAACAGAUUGGGAUUCUUGAAAAGCGAGUUCCAGAUUGGAUUUGCAGGUUACCAACACCUAGUGGUGAUGUCUUGUACAAGAUCAAGAAAAUGUCAGACUUGGACACAGUUCAGGCGAUGGUCAUAGCAUAGGUCAAUAUCUAAAGGUAUCUUGAUUUAGUACAAGUUGUUCUGGCACUUGAAGGGAAAUGUAAUUUGAUGCAUGGACUCGGACCCUGAGUUCUCGCUAAUCCCAUCCUCCCCCAAUAAUUUGCUUUUUUGCUUAAUUAUAUAGACACAGUAGAUUUUUAGUCGCAUAGGGAUGGUGCAGAGCGAAACUUGUAUUUGACUCGACUGAUCGUUGAAUGUUAUGUUAGUAGGGUGAUCUCUGCUUCCAUUUUUAUCCACAGGCUAUUCAUUUCUA